UAUGUAAAGAAGGUUCGUAAUUGUGAUCAUAACCAUGAUCUCUCUGAAGACAUAUCAGGACAUCUAAUGCAACAACUGGAUAAUGUUAUAGAGAUAACUGCCUCUGGCUUACACCCUAGAGAAAUAAUAUUAACUAUCUGUCAAAAUGAUCUAUUAGCAUUUGCAAUAAGUAAAGACAUUUAUAAUGCAUGUAAACGACUCUGCCAACAAAAUUUGGCAGGUCAUUCUCCUGUUAAAGCAUUAAUCGAUGAGCUUAAAGAGAAUGAAGAAGAGGAGGAUUAUCUCUGGGCACUAACUUGUGUUGCUCGAUUGUUCGAUAGUAUAAUACGGCCGGGUGUCAUAGUAACGGAUAGAGAGCUAGCUCUUAUAAAUGCUCUCUGA